UCCGUGUAAUGAUCAAUGCCAGUGUGCUUUAGUCCAUACAGGAGGAAGAGAGAGAGAAGGAAGGAGCAAGCGCAGGAGAAGAGGCCACAGAGAGCUGUUGGUUGACCGAGAGUGCAGUGGAGGAGUUUUCAUGGCAUCUGGACCCAACAUGAUGACCCCCAUUUGUCUGGUGGAAAACAAGAAUGAAAGAUUAUCAGUGAACCAGGAAGCUCUAGAGAUCCUACAGAAGAUUUCUCAGCCAGUGGUGGUGGUGGCCAUUGUAGGGCUGUAUCGUACAGGCAAAUCCUACCUGAUGAAUUGUCUUGCAGGAAAAAACCAUGGUUUUCCUCUGGGCUCAACAGUGCAAUCCAAAACCAAGGGUAUCUGGAUGUGGUGUCUUUCCCACCCCUCUAAGCCAGAUCAAGUCCUCAUCCUACUGGACACUGAGGGCUUAGGAGAUGUGGAAAAGGGUGACCCUAAGAAUGACUCGUGGAUCUUUGCCUUGGCUAUACUUCUGUGCAGCAGCUUUGUCUACAACAGCGUGGGCACCAUCAAUCACCAGGCCCUGGAGCAGCUGCAUUAUGUGACAGAGCUCACAGAACUCAUUAAGACAAAGUCUUCUCCUUGCCCUGAUGGAGUAAAAGAUUCUGCAGAAUUUGUGGGUUUCUUCCCAGACUUUAUCUGGACUGUCCGUGAUUUCACUCUGGAGCUGAAAAUAGAUGGUCACCUUGUCACAGAAGAUGGGUACCUGGAGAAUGCCUUGAAACUGAUUCAAAGCAAAAACCCCAAAAUUGAAGCUUCCAAUAUUUCCAGAGAGUGUAUUCGACAUUUCUUUCCAGAACGGAAGUGUUUUGUCUUUGAUCGGCCAAUACAUGACAAAAAUCUUCUAGCUAAUAUUGAGAAUGUGCCUGAAAACCAACUGGAUCCCCAGUUUCUGGAACAAACAAAAAAAUUCUGUUCUUAUAUAUUCACCAAUGCAAGAACCAAGAUGCUGAAAGAGGGAGUCAUUGUCACGGGGAAACGUUUGUGCACUCUGGUGGUGACCUACGUGGAUACCAUCAAUAGUGGAGAAGUUCCUUGUUUAGAGAACGCAGUGACAGCACUGGCUCAGCUUGAGAACUCAGCUGCAGUGCAGAUGGCAUCUGAUCACUACAGUGAGCAAAUCACCCAGAAAGUAAAAUUUCCAACAGAGACGGUCCAGGAGCUACUGGACAUGCAUGCAACCUGUGAGAAGGAGGCCAUUGAAAUUUUCAUGAAAUAUUCUUUCAAGGAUGAAAACCAAGAGUUUCAGAAGAAGCUGGUGAAAAUCAUAAAAGAUAAGAAAGAAGAAGUUUUGCUGCAGAAUGAAGAGGCAUCUGUGAAAUGCUGCCAGGCUAUUAUUGAGCAGCUUUCAAAGACCUUGAUAGAAAGUAUUUCAGCAGGAGUUUUCUCUGUUCCUGGAGGGCACAAACGCUACAUGGAAAUAAUGGAAAGAAUUAAGCAGGACUAUAAGCAGACAUCCAGGAAAGGAGUGAAGUCAGAAGAGGUCUUCCAGAACUUCUUGCAGUCACAGGAAGCAGUGGAGAAAUCCAUCCUGCAGUCAGACACAGCCCUCACUGAAAGGGAAAAAACCUUAGCAGAGGAGCGGACUAGGAGGGAGAGAAUUGAGAAGGAGCAAGAGCUGUUAAAACAGAAGCAGCAGGAGCAGCAGCAACUGAUAGAGGCAGAAAAGAAGAGUCUCCAGGAAAACAUAGCUCAACUGGAACAGAAGCUAAUUCGAGAAAGAGAAAUACUUCUGCAAGAGCAUAACAAAAUGUUGGAUCAUAAACUGAAGGUCCAGGAAGAGAUCCUUCAAGAAGGUUUUAGGAAAAGAGCUGAAGGUAUGAAUGCAGAAAUUAACCAGCUGAAAAAUAGGAUUAAAGCCACUGAAAAUGAUAGUCCCUGGAUUUUACAAAUAUUAAAGGGUGUUGCUCAGGAGUUCGCAUCAACAGUGUUUUCUAAGUUAAAUAUUGUGGAUAAUUUAGUAAAAGGUGUGACCUCAUUAUUUAAACGAAAGUAGUUCUCUUUUAAAGGAAAACAUACCAUAUGCCCAAUGUUCUGACCUCUCUUUGAUGUGGAUGCUACUUUCAUUCAGCAAAGUUUUAAACAUAGUGUAUACUAGAUUAUAUUGAUACCCAUUACUUGUUAGAUCAAAUAAAUGAAUGCUUAAUUUUCUAUAAAUAUUUACUUUAGGAAAUAAAUGCAAAAUCAUAUGCAUAUCAAUACAUCAUACACAUAUGCAAAUAAGAAGCUCAUGUGGUAUCAUUGUUAAUGACAAAAUAUUGGAAGUGUGUACUUAUAUGAACUGGUAAAUUGGGCAUGUAUAUAUACUGGCACAGUAUAAGGCCAACAAAUAAGCAAAUCUAUUUGUUUAAAUAUGUAACAACACAAAAAUAAACAUAACAAAAAGAUGAAGCAUAAAUGUUUUUGUAUAAUGUAUUCGGUGUUAAAAUAUAUAAGUAUUUUCUAUAUUUUAUAUUCAUAUCUAUGUUUAUAUCUUAUAUAACAUAUAGAAUGUUUCUAGAAAGAUUCAUUAGAAACUAGUAUCAUGGUUUGUGCUGGAGAGAACAGAGAUGUCAGGGUGAAAAAUUCACUGUAUAUUUCAUCUUUCUAAUAUUACAUCAAAAGUUUAAGUAAUGUAUCAUUGUAAUGAGGCUAAAAUUUCAUAAAAAUCAAAGUAGGGCCAAAGUGGGUACAGUGGUUAGGGCACAUAUCUUUCAUGCAGCCAAUGGGGUUUGAUCCCUGGCACCACAUAUGGUGCCUUAUGCUUGACAGGAGUGACCCCCUGAGCACAUAGCCAGGAGUAAUCCCUGAGCACUACGGGGUGUGUUCCAAAUAAAUAAUGUGUGUUCAAAAUAAAAACUAAAAAGUAGUGAAGUACAUGCGUGAGAAGUAUAUUAUUGCUUGUGCUAGGAAAAGGAAAGUAACAUAGGCUAUUAGUUGAUAAAUGCACAUUGCUUCUAGAAAUGAUAUCAGGCUUUUCAGAGUGAGGUUAACAAUUGAGCAGAGUGUGGAAAUAAUAAUACAGAAACUGGAAAGAAAGCUCAAUGGGCUGAGGUUUAUUUUGCAUGCUGGUAGUCAAAGUUUGAUUAAUGGUAUUUUGAACACUUCUGAGAGCGACCCCUAAGCUCAGAAUAGGUAAAAGUUCCCAAGCACUGCCUAAGUGUUGUCCCCAAACAAACUAUUGGAACUUCCUUAAAUAUAUAAACAGAAUAAAUUUCAUAUGACUCAAAAUGAAACAUGAAAUGUUUAAUGAUAAACUUUUUAGUAUAAGAGUAUAAUGGUAUUUGUAAUAGAGAAGACACUUUUAAGAGUGACAUGAAGUACAAAGAUUUUUUUUAAUUAAACAAUAAAAGCAGAGUGAGAAUAUCAAUGGAAAUGUGAUUAAUCUCUGGCAUCUGAAUUUUGGUUUAGUUUUUACCUUAUUUUUCUAGUUUCUUUAGGAAUAACGUAAGGUAUUUUCUUUGUGACUCUUCCGAAGUUGACCCUGUUUUGCUAUAAACUUCUUUGGUCAUAAUACUUUUGCUGUAUCCCAAGGGUGUUUAAAGGCUAUGGAUUCAUUUUAAUUUCCUUUUCAGAAAACAAAUAUAAGCAAGAGAAUAA